AUGUCCGGAGCCGAACCGAGACGACGCGUCUUUUUGCUUUUUUCCGUCCAACAAUGCUCUGAUAGGGAGAUGCCACCGACGUGUAAAAAAUCGAAGACUAGUUCUUCAAUAGAGACUGAAGUCUGGAGAGAUGGCGUUGAUAAUGCGAGUCGUUCUCGUUUACGCCAAGAGCUUAACCUGUUGCACAGUGAGAUGGAAAUAGCUCAAUAUGGGAGGACGGUGAACGGGCAAUUUCGAAAAAAAAUGCCUAGAAAGCAAUCUAUUGUCCGAACCAAAAAGCGAAAAGACCUAGAAAAACGCGAAGCCAAGCAGCAGGAAAUAUUGGAUGUAGUGGACACUUCACACAAACGACUUCGUGGCUCGAAAGCCGCUCAAGACUACAAAGUAAUCGAAGGCAGUAUUGUGUUUGGAACCAAAACCCAGGUAGAGACACAAGAAGAAGACGGUUUAUCUGAGGUUUCAAAAGAUGCAGGAGAUGGGGAAAGGGAACACAAUUUUGCUGAACCUAACGAAGGGGGUGAGUGUCCGGAUACAUAUGAAAAAAGUGAUAUCGAGCACCCUGAAGAAGAAGUGGAUAGUACCCACCUAGCCAAGGUUUCACCCCAGAAAACGUCUGGCUCUUCAGAACCGCGAAAGAGAUCGCUUCAUCGCCUCAAAAAUUUCAAAUCGCAACGUAUGGCACACAAGCAUGGCGAUGCCCUAGGGGCUCACGCCCGUGGACAGUCGAAACUUGCUAUCGAAAAGCUGAAGCAGGUUGCUCGGGAGGCGCCCUCUGCCCCACAAGUGUAUUCAUCGCUCGGAAUGGUUUAUGAAGACAUUCUGAAAGACAGCCGUCGUCGGCAUGAGACGGUAGAUCGAUGCCUCGAUGAUGACAAUUUAUCUGAGCAUAGCCCUUUUUUCUCAUCUUAUCUAACCGAGGCCGGUGCGGAAUUGGAUUCGUCUUGCCAUCGUAACUCAGCCUUCACUGACUUCUCUGAUGCCUUGCUGAAUGAAUUAGUGGACAUUGCAAAGAAAGCUUACGGAUCGUACCAUAUUGCUGCCAUUCUGUGCAAAAGAGACUACACACUCUGGGUACGAGCCGCUGAAAUGGCCUUGGAAAUUGCCCAUCUUCAUUCAUCUGUAUUGGUUUUGCAGGGCGUUUCUGAAAGCGCUCAAACAUUUCACCAGUCCGAAUCGGAACGCUGGUUAAGCGAAGCUAAGCGCGACUUUGAAACUGCCGACAACCUUCAUCCUCCAGGCAUCGAUGUUCCCGCAAAGCUCGCUACUGUGCUGAUAGAGCUUGGUUGUCUUUCGGAGGCGCUAACUCUGCUCACUGACUUGAAAAAUCGGAAGUCAAAAGCGGACGCUUGCUCCGAGUUUGAGUCAAGUUAUCAAGCGUGGCUACUUUACGCAAAUCUCAUGCUACAAAUUGGACACGAAUGUAUUCAAUGGGAGAAAGGAGUCCAAACAAACCGAAAUUACAUGUUUCGUCGAUGGUUGCGGAAAUUUGCAUCAACUUUCAACUGGCGAGAAAGGCGUUUACAAGCACUUUGCAAAGCUCUCGAAGCUGCAGCAGGAUCGACGAGUAGUGCACAUUUACUAACGUGGCUUCAAAAACGAGCCGAAGAUCUCCCAUUCGCGACAACACACGAUGACGAGAGCCCUACUAGCACUGAAAUGGUGGAGAUUGAUGUGCAAUCAAUUAUGAGAGGUAGAGAAAGAGGUAUUGAAGAAGGCGAUGAUUCAUAUCACUUGACAUCAUCAAAAAUAGAGCAAGAUCUCCUUCUUCGUCGCAACGAAGCAGAACUGGCUGACUUUGACAAAACGACAAGGGAUAUGAUUGUAGACAAUGCGUCCAUAGCGGUAAAGCGACGUGCAUCCAUUCGCAAGGAGCUUAUAUACCGCCACCAACAGCAGAUUGCGGAUUUGUCCACCCUUGACUUAGGAAGCAGAUUGAGAGAGACGAGUGUAGCUGAUGCGUUGAACGAACGUGGAGGAGUCGCAUGUGGGUUCAUGUCAAGCCACUCUAUUGGCGCGUCUUGUACUACUGUUUGCCAAAUUUCGUCUAUAUUGAUGCGUCACAUGAUCUUUUUGCAUUUAUUUGAAGGAGCUGUGUUGGUGGGAGAUACUGUUGCUCUCUACAUGAAAGAGCGGGCGGCUAGACAUGAGCGAAGAAGCGAAUUCCUUAGAAUUCGAACUGCUAAGAGACUUUCUAUUAGCAACAGGGUAGUGCAAGACGAGGCGUACGACGAAAUGCACGACAUUGAAAGCGAUGAUGAAGAUAUACUGUUAUCGGACGAGGACCAUCUAACAAACGAAACCGGUAUAUUUCUUUCUUUGAAGAGUGGGGCUUUGCCGCCUGAAUUGCUAGUUCUCAAGUCUUUGGCGUAUGUCGGUAUAGGUGGAAAGGACUAUCUUGCUGCCAAGGGUCUUGAGUCGGUCAACGCACUGGUCCAGGAGCCAGAUAGCUGGUUCACUAAAGACACGAGACGCGUGAAAAACUGCGGUACAUGCUGGGAAAGCUUUAGACAGGAUAUGACGGAACCCCUUCGCAAGACAACCGCGCUGUCGCUCACGGCUAAAGUAGUUGGGGAAGUAGGGAAAAUGCGUGAAAUGGCCAAUUUUUUGAGGCCCCUGUUUGAUGAAUAUGAAACUGUCCUUUUUGCACAAGGCUUUGUGGAUCAAUUGAUAGAAACGCUUCAAUCAAUGCCAUGUUCCAAAAGCACAUGCCAUACGUUCGACGUUAUUGUCGCCGCUUCACGCUUCCGCCUACAGAUUGCAGCCAAAAUAAUAUCAUCAGGGCGUGAUAAAAGCAAAAGUACAGCUCUGAUAAUAUUGUCGUUGGAGAAGUCGUUGUCCAUAUUGUCAAAAAUGUGGAGUAUCGAAAGGGACAGAUCAAUUCCGGAACCAUGUGUUACUUUACUGGCAGUUGUCGCCGAAGCUGCAAGGUUGGUCGCGAAGCUACAGAUGGGCUCUGAUAUCACUCAAAGUUCGCUUGAAAAUAUAUAUACCCACAUUUUAAGAGCUGUUUCGCAUAUCUGUGAUCACGAUGGCCUCGAUCUUACACUGGACUGCAAGGAUGAUGUGCUGGAGUUAUUGUCAGAGGCUCCGUUCGCUGUGUCUUGGAUGUCAAGCUCGCAUGAAGUUAUUGCAUUGCGAUCGUAUAACAUGUGCGUCGCUAAGAACGUAUCGUUCUUUUCUGGCUGGGAGAAGGGAGAAUUUGCUGAGCAGCUUUUGCGCUACCGCGAGGUUCCAAACUUGUUUGGAGUUACAACAGCAGAUUCUAGAACUUCUGGGUUUGUAGGAUUAUCUCUUGAGAUCGAGCUUGAGCAGGUUUGGCACGUCAUGCAUAGUAUUGUUCCUGAAACAUCUGCUUUCGACUUCAGAAACCAGUUGAUGGCAGUGCGCAAGACUCAGUGGUAUGAAGAAACAAAAGGCGAUAUAGAGGCAGCAGAGAUGCGCUUUUCUAUUGCCUCUUUUGGGGAGGAUUCGGGCCUGAGUCUCCUGUUGAGUUUCGCUAAGAUUUGCUUGGAGCGAGCCAAGUUGUCGCGUUCAGAGCUCGAGAAGAACAAAAAUGUGCUGAAUGCUCUCAGUAUUAUUUUGCCUAUUUCACAAUUCUGCUUAAAUACGAAAGUUUGGGAGUCUGCUAUAGGAAGCGCUGCUGCUGGCGCUAACGGUGAACGUGUGGCAUUAGAAUUUAAGAGAAUUCGCAAGUUUGGUAUGGGAGGCACGGUGCGUCCCUCAGGUCGCGAAUCGGCCAGUACAAAGAAACGUGCCUUGGAACCGCAAGGGAGUGAAACAAGAUUCCGAGGCUGGUUCGAAGGGGAGAACAACAAAUAUCCCAUGCGUAAUUUUUUGAAUAUUCCUUGUAGUUCAUUCAGAGACGCCUGGCAUUCCUGUUCAGGCGAUGAAACCGUUGUGUCAAUCGAAACGAAAACAGCUAUGCAAAGGUUGGCGAGAUCAGUGGGACUUCUUCGAAAUUGUUAUACGGAGCAAGCGAUAGAGCGAGCAUCGUUGAGUAUUGCGACUUUGCUUCUGGAUCUUGCAGCGAAACCUGGUUGCCGCAAUCCAUUUAUUUGCAUGCAACAAGCUACUCUUUUUUCAAGCCAAGCUGCGAAGGGAGGGACAAGCGAUCAGCCUUUCAAAGUUUCUCUUCCAAAUCAACUCGCGGUCCAGCCUGCACAAGCAUUAGCAAUCCUUGGAAGGGCCGACUGCUUACAGGCAAUACACUUCUGCGAUGAAGCUGCUUAUCUAUGUUGGUUUGUCGUCAGUCUUUGCAGACAACGACGCGAUCAUCGACGAGAUGAUUUCGGGUGGACUCGUCAGUGGAAAAUCAUUGCCGUGUAUGCGUACAAUAAAUCCUCAGAAUCAGGGUUUACAUGGAGUUCUGAGUCUGUGAAAGAGCUGCAACAAGCCAGGGCCGAUGGAAUUGCGUGGAGUGCUACGCUUUGUGGAGACGGCAGCGUCCAGAAAAAUAAAAAUACUGAAGAAGACGAAGGAGAAAUAGACGUAGAAUCAUUUUCUCCAGCAAUCAAAGUUGACCGAUCUACUGGAUUCACCGAAGUAGGCGAUGUGCUUGCUGAUGCACCGGUGCUCAACAAUAGUAACCCUUCAGUUGGGCUUCAAUGUUCGUCUUCAGAAGAAUCUCCCAUGAAGCCCGGACCCUUCCUCCCUGAUGCUGCCGGUAACUAUCUUGAAUCCUCGCCAGGCAAGCUUCAGGGCUGAUCUCUCAAACAUCGUCGAACUUUGAAAAGUCUCCCCAGACAUGCAGAAAAAGACUUUUUUCUCGAAUUAUGUGCAGAUAGCGGUUCCAAUAGAAUCUACAUUGAUAAGAAGUUAAUCUAACUGUUAAUCCCUUUCAUCACUUUUCCGAGAUCUAAACUUCUGUUGGCUCCCACUCCUUCGUUGUAAAGUUAUCAUAUAUUACAGCAAUCGAGAAUCAACCCAUCGUCUGUUGGACAACAAUUACCACUAAGUCCACCAUUGCGGCAUGAAUCAUAGUUCAGGCAAGAGGAAUACUUUAUAAAACGAUCAUGCACAAUAGUUGAUGCUUCAGAUUUUUUCUCAACCGCUGAUAAUGUAAUCAUAGACGGCGAAAAUCCUUUACGAUUUGCUAUCCAGAACAGCAAUUGGCUUUUGCUGAGUCCGGCGUCGAGUUCAGCGCUGAAGACUCCUUGCGCUUCCUCCCAGGCCGCCUGAGGGUCCAUGAUUGCGUGAUCCCCAACAACAAAGCCCCUCCAAGCCAUCUCAACUUCCCCAAGACCAUUGAGUAUGUUUGUGUACUCCUCAGUGACAUAUUUUCGACUGAAUAGCUCUCCAGUAGCCGCCGUAAGUGGGAUGAAAUUGAUCAUGUGCACGUAGAGCUGUGACGUACCGAACCAAGUUGAGCAUAUGACGUCAAGCAUUCCAAGGUUUCCGACCAUGUAAUUUUUAGCAAACGAAUUACUAUAGACACCGG